AUGAAUACAUUGAAAUUACAUUUAUCACCAACAUUAGAUGCAUAUGAUCAUUUUGAAUGUGUAUCAAAGUUAUCGAAUGACGUAGAUUUAAAACAGUUGGCCACUUUGUUUUCAAAAGAUCAAAUUGGACAAUGGAAGAUACCAACUAAAUAUAUCAAUAGUAGAAGAGAUCUAAAAGUAUUUCAAUCGAGUACACUCUAUAAUGAAUUAUUAAAGUUUAUCAUUCAACUAUCAUUAAGUGUACAAGGAAUGCCUAAUGAUAAAGAUAUACAAAUAUCAGACAAUGUAAAUAGAUUUAAACAAUUAUUAGAUAAACUAUUAGGUUUCAUAAAUGAAAUUCCACCAAAACCAAAAAGAACUAGAUUUGGAAAUGAAUCAUUUGUUGAAUGGUUCGAUAAAUUAGAGAAAGAAUCACCUGUUUUAUGUAGAGAUUUAAUUGGUGGUGCUGUCGAUGAUCUUUGGUUAUCAGAGAAUCCAGAGAAUCAUGUACAUACGUACGAUGAGUUGGCAGUACUAUCCCGCUAUAGUUCUCAAGCUGUUCUACGGCUACAUCGAUCUGAUGCGUCGUCUCCAGCAGGUCUACUGGCUAGAGCCAGCGGGCUCACACGGUGUCUGGGGACUGGACGACUACCACUUCCUGCCGUUCCUCUUUGGCUCGUCGCAACUCAUCGAACACUCACACAUCCGUCCCAAGUCGAUACGAAACGAAGAGACUGUCGCCUCGUUUUCGCAGCUCUACAUGUAUCUGCAGUGCAUCCACUUUAUCAACCAGGUCAAGACCGGAUCGCUCAUGGAGCACUCGCCAAUGCUCGUCGAUAUCAGCGGCGUCAAGAACUGGUCCAAGGUGAACGAGGGAAUGAUCAAAAUGUACAAAAAAGAACUGCUUGGCAAGCUGCCGGUAAUGCAACACUUUUUCACGGGAACGCUUCUCGAAUCGAAACACCCAUCAAACAACAUAACGAGAGCAGCGAUAUAUUCAAAACUAUAGGAACACAUCAACAACAGGCUAGUGUCGCUAAAAUUAUAAAUCUUAAUGUUCAAAUCAUAAAUUCAUAA